GAAGCGUAUUAAGAUCAAGCCUAAUUUCCAGUUUUGUCUUCUGGGUGCUCCGGCUCAGGGAAAACCAUAAUCAUUACGUGACCAAGGAAACUGGAAUUUAAACCAGAAAUCAGAGCCCUUGAAUAUUUUCUUUACCUUGUGUUUGGUUCCUCCCCGUCCCACUCCAUUCCCGGCCCCACCCUCCCCUAUACUAUAGAGUCUCUCUGAAUUAUGCCUUUUUAGUUUUGGGUUCUGUGGCGUCCACACCUUGGCCGCUCGGAUGCAUGAUGGCUUGGAAUGAGAGCUGUCAUUGCAGAUACUCUUCGUUUUGAGUUUAAAUUUUUAAAUGUUUAUCAUCAGUUUAACUUACAUUUAAUUGUGCACAAUCAGAAGAUGUUUCUCUAGCAAAGUAGAGUAUGUCAUUUUAUUAACUACUCAAUCUCAUUAAAGACUGUAACACUCUUUCAUCUAUUUAGCAACCAGUCAUUGAGCUCUUAGGCACCAAGCUUUGAGCUAAUCCUUAUUGUGCAAACAUCAUUUAUGGAUAUAAUGUUAACUUGUCCACUUAUAACUUACCAAGGUUAAAUAAAUUAUUGUCUCACGGAGACAUUCCUGUGUUGGGAAGUAAUAUUAAGAGGACAGGAAGGAUUUUUGAGUGCUGAGCUAAGGAAAUGGGAAAUAAACAUUUUGCUUAUACAGUCUGCCAGCCAACAUAACUGGCUCCUGUUAGCCCAGUUUUUCACUAAAAGUUUUAAAUUUGGAAUAUUUCACUACACAUUAAAACUUUGAAACAAGCUUACGUGUAAAAGAAAUAGCUUUAAUGUCUCCAAUUUAAUGUUUUUCAAUCAAUUUCUUAAAUCCAGAACGAGGUAAACUUUAUCAGCACACUUGGAAGAGACAGAAGUUUUUGUUAGCCACAAUAAAGUGGAGGAAGUUUUCAUGUAAUAUAAAAUAAGAUUUUCUCCGUCAAGAAAAACACUGUAAGGAAAUACACAAACCUACUUUCUUUGGAGGGAGGAGGUGGGCUUAUAAAUGAAUUUUUUAAAAAUAUCUUUCUACUUUUUUUUAAGAGCAAGUAUUGAUUUUAUAGUGGGGAAAGAACUUUAAAAACAACGAAGUGGAGUAACCUUGUAAGGUCUACCAGUUGUGCCGUUGUACUUAAAUUGCAUUAAGAUCUGUGUGUACCAGUCACAGAAAGCCUAACCAACAAUAAAACACAGUGAUCCUGAGUCCUAUGAGAAAUCUUUCCCCCCAAAUGAUACUAUUGUGAUUGGCUAUUACCAUGGCCCAUGAUUUAGGGGUGGAGAGGGAGUCAGUAAUAAAAGGGGCAGAGCACCUCCCCCUUUGAAACUGUUUCCCCCAAGGGCAUACCAAACUCUGUUCUCCCUCUCCCCACCAGAAAGGAGAGGAUGUGAAACUCCUCAAACAUUAAAAAAAUUAAAAAGAAGACAGAAAAGUUCACGAGAGGGCUAAAAUUCGUGUAAGUAAAUCUGAAUGUUGAUUGAUGUUGUUUAGGACAUGAUAGAGCAGGAACAGGAAAACAUUUUUGAUGAUUCUCUGUCUUGUUGCCUUGAAAUUUCCACCUCAUCACGUAUUUUGGAAGAAGCAAGGUUGGAUCUUGCUCAAAGAAGCUUGCAGACAAAAGACAUCAGUCUCUUUCCUUAGUCGACCAGACCUUCCAAAACUGGCUUAUACGAAACUAAAAGGCAAAAGUCCAGGAAUUAUCUUCAUCCCUGGUUAUAUUUCUAAUAUGAAUGGUACAAAAGCAUUGGCAAUUGAGGAGUUUUGCAAAUCUCUAGGUCACGCCUAUAUAAGGUUUGAUUACUCAGGAGUUGGAAAUUCAGAUGGUAAUUUACAAGAAUGUACAGUGGGAAAAUGGAGAAAAGAUGUUCUUUCUAUAAUUGAUGACUUGGCUGAAGGGCCACAGAUAUUAGUUGGAUCUAGCCUCGGUGGAUGGCUUAUGUUUCAUGCUGCGAUUGCACGGCCACAAAAGGUUGUGGCUCUUAUUGGUAUAGCUACAGCUGUAGAUGGCCUCGUGAUAAAAUUUAAUGAGCUUCCUGUUGAGAUAAAAAAGGAAAUAGAGAUGAAAGGUGUGUGGAGCUUGCCAUCAAAAUACAGUGAAGAAGGAUUUUAUCACAUUCAGUAUAGUGUCAUUAAAGAAGCUGAAAACCACUGCUUAUUACAUAGCCCUAUUCCUGUGACAUGCCCUAUAAGAUUGCUCCAUGGCAUGAAGGAUGACAUUGUGCCUUGGCAUAGGUCCAUACAGGUUGCUGACCUAGUGGUCAGCACAGAUGUAGAUGUCAUCCUUCGAAAACAUAGUGAUCACCGAAUGAAAGAGAAAGCAGACAUUCAACUUCUUGUUUACACUAUUGAUGACUUAAUUGAUAAGCUUUCAGGUGUCGUUACCUAGAAUCCCAUUUUUAGUUGGUGUGUAAACUAAUGGAUCCAGAAGAUUGGGAGAGGGAUAACAAAUGGAAGACCCUGAUACUUAGGUUUUUUCCUCUUACCACUAUUUUGUAGAUAUCGCAUGAGGUUUUAUUCAAUGAUGUCUUUGCACUUAAGUGAUACAAAUUGUGAAGAAAGUACAGUUGUCCCUCUGUAUCCUCUAGGGAUUGGUUCCAGGACAACCCCCACCCCUCAGAUACCAGAAUCUGAGGAUGCUCAAGCCCAUUAUAGAAAAAUGGCAUAGUAUUUGCAUAUAACCUUAGCACAUCCUUCUGUUUACUUUAAAUCAGCUCUAGAUUAUUUAUAAUACCUAAUACAAUGCAAAUGCAAUGUAAAUAGUUGUCAUACUAUAUUGUUUAGGGAUCAACUUUCUGGAGUUUUGGUUUUUUUUUAAGUAUUUUUGACCCAUGGUUGGUUGAAUCUGCAGGAUAUGGAACCUGCAGAUACAGA